UGAAACACUGCCUGUUUCAGCAAUACGCUAUCUUUUAGCGAGCCCAGCGAUGACCACUUAAACCCAAUGGGGAAAAGAGGAGUGGAAGUAGUACAGCUUGACCUCACCAAGCCCAUUGAAGAUCAGGGCCCCUUGGAUGUGAUCAUACAUAAACUGACAGAUGUCAUCCUUGAAGCAGACCAGAAUGACAGCCAGUCACUGGAGUUGGUUCAGAGGUUCCAGGAGUAUAUUGAUGCUCAUCCAGAAACCAUUAUCCUGGACCCUCUUCCGGCAAUUCGUACACUUCUGGACCGAUCCAAGUCUUACGAGCUAAUUCGGCAGAUAGAGGCGUACAUGCAAGAUGAGAGGAUCUGUUCACCACCCUUUAUGGAGCUGACAAGUGCCUGUGGAGAAGAUACCUUGCAGCUCAUAGAGAAGAAUGGACUGGCAUUCCCUUUCAUUUGUAAAACCAGAGUGGCCCAUGGAACCAACUCUCACGAGAUGGCGAUCAUCUUCAACCAGGAAGGCCUGAAAGCUGUCCGCCCCCCCUGCGUCAUUCAGAGCUUCAUCAAUCACAACGCCGUGCUGUAUAAAGUCUUCGUGGUUGGGGAAUCAUACACGGUGGUGAAAAGACCAUCUUUGAAGAACUUCUCUGCAGGAAUCUCAGACAGAGAAUCAAUAUUUUUCAACAGCCACAAUGUUUCGAAGCCGGAAUCCUCAUCUGUCUUAACAGCACUGGAUAGAAUCGAAGGAGUGUAUGAGCGGCCAAAUGACGACGUCAUCCGGGAAAUCUCCAAGGCACUGCGGCAAGCUCUGGGAGUUUCCCUCUUUGGAAUUGAUAUCAUUAUUAACAAUCAGACCGGGCAGCAUGCGGUCAUUGAUAUAAAUGCAUUCCCAGGUUACGAGGGUGUUUCCGAAUUUUUCUCAGAUCUUCUGAACCACAUAGCUGCUGUCCUGCAGGGUCAGGUACCUGAGGUGACCCAGCUAAACCGCAGCAAGCUCCUGGCAGAGCAGACCGGCGGGAUGAUGGACGAGCGGAUAUGCUGCGCCAGCACGGGAUGUCUCGGCGUCAUGGGAAAAGACUCCUCCUGGAUUGUGGAAAGCGAGACCAACAGCUCAGUAAAACUGCAACACCAGAGACUAGGCUGCAACUCGGCAGUGUCCCCCAGCUUCCAGCAGCACUGCGUCGCUACGUUGGCAACAAAAGCUUCUUCUCAAUAACUUGCCGAUGCCACGGACUGAGAAAAAGCCACAGGGAUACAAAUUGUGGUCCCAGAACCAGAUCAGGCUGUAACAAUACAAUUGCGAAAAAUGAAAAAAAAAAAAAAGGCAAAAGAAAAAACCAACAACACAAAACACAACACAGAAAAAGCAGAAUAAAAAAAAACCUUCCAUUUGAUUUAACCUGAUUUGCUGAUGAAAUGGACUGAAAGGUGGAGGUCAAGAAAGAGAUUCAGAUCCAUUUCAUCAGAUUCCAGUUGCAAAUCUGUAGUGAGUUUACACACACGUGGGUUUUAACACUAGUCCUUUCAUUGUGGGAGGGUUGCUCUUUCAUUUCUAUUAUUCUUUGUAAUCACUGGUGACCAGCAUUUUAAAAUCGGACCUCAUGGUAUCAAGAAGAUGGUAAUGUUGAAAUGCAGUGUCUGAAUGUAACAGUGCUAGAGAUUUUUGCCUAAAAUAUUGCCUGUUCCCUUUUUUCAGGUAGACCAUUGCAAAAGAAAGCUAAGACAACUUCAGUAUCACUAAUCCAAAUCCCUGGAAACAUUGACCAGUCCAGAUGUUGACAGGUAGCUUGCUGUGAAGCCGUAGCACUGUGAGUGGGACAGAGCAGACUGGAUGUCCAGGGUACAGAGCCGAGGUGACCGCCCUGGGUCCAGCUUUGCAGUUCUUCCCCCAGGCCUCAUCGCUGCAGCCAAAAGCAGCUUCUAACCCCGCUUGCCAACAGCAACGCGUGUUUGAUCCGGACAGGGUGCUGAUAGUUAGGCUGAGUGAUUUCGUAGAUUAAAUAUCAUCGUUUCAAUCAUCUGCUAGUGGUGAAAUCCUAGAAGAAUUAAUGGAAGCAGCUCAUUUCUUAGCAGAGAAUUUCAUUCUCCUUCCAUUGCACUUACAAGGACUGUGGGACAGCUCUGCAAAGAGCUGCGUGUGUUCCUUGGGGCACCUGAUCUGCAGAUCCUAGGGGCUAACACAGUAGCUGCCUUCCACAGAUCCAUGCUGCUGUGCAUUUUGUUGUUCUUUUGCAAAUUAAGUAUAAGCAGAAUUGUGUACCUUCGUAUGAGGUAGAAGUACACCACAGCUCUAGCUCAGAGACCAAGUUACUUCGUUGCAAGCUGUCAGAUGAGGCCAUGUGGUAAUUUACAAUAAUGCUUUAUACUAUUAGCAAACUAUAGCAUAUCCAAAUUGUAUCUGUUGAGAUACGCGGUAAACCUACAGUGUUCACCCUCUAUUGCAUCUUGUAGCAUGGCAGCAUCUUCUGCUGUUGAGAAUUCCUGAAACUUUUGCCAAUUCUGAACACUAAACCGAAAUAUCCAAGUCUGUCAGCGCUGAGAAUGGAGACACUAUUUUGGUAGGCUGAGUGGCCUUCCCUUCCCCAUAUAAACCCUAAAAUACAUUUUAGAGAUGUGGUGUUAAGAACCUUAAUUUCCUUAGUUAAGCUCCUAGCUUGCAGAUGUGGGAAUUUCUGUCUUUCUAUAGCAGGUAUGUGUAAAGCAUCCAUCGCUGCAGCGUUUAAUACCAGUUUGAUUAGUAUUUUGUUAGCUAUCUACUCAAAAGGAAAGGAUCUAGAGCUUAAAGCCCAGGUAGACUGUGAAGAGAGGAGUAAACUCUGUAGAAGAUGUUAACACCCUACCUGAUGGUACCAGUCCCAGAGGGGAGAAAGUUUUGAAGAGUGUUGUGCAGCAGUUCUUUUGUGUAAACAAUGGCUUUUCCUUAGGAGAGGUGGAGUUUGUUCCCUAAAUGCCAUUCUUGGGAAUUUCCUGUAGCCGGGAUUGGAUUUUCGAGCAUGAUUUAAGAAGAGAUUAUUCUACUGCUAGAGCGAUUACUAACCUUAAGGUAUUUCUGUAGGGACUGGAGUGUGGUGUUGGUCAAAUUCCAGGGUGCACGUAAACGCAGCCAACAUCCUGGGCUGUCGCAGGUCAGUUCUGGGCUGGGUGCUCUUCACAGCCCUCGUGUGCUUUGAGGCUGCUGGAUCCCAUGCCAUUUGCAGCUCACAGGUCUCGGGUGGUUGUGGUAGGAUUGAGUCAGAUGUACAUAGGUAAGGGUUUAUAAAAGUAUUGGUGAUAGACCAAACCUUUCGUAAAGCCAUGACUGAAAUAAAAUUGACAUCUACAGUUUGAGGUUUGUUUUUGUUUGUUUCAAAUAAAAAGUGUUUUUAUGUUACGUGUGUAACAAAAGAUACCCUCAGGAAGGAACUUGCCAGUGCAUAUUUUUGUAUGGUACUUUCUUGUAACCAGCUGGUGGAGUGUUUGUAGACUUGCCUUUUGCUCCCUUUAUUACAAUGGCUUGGGUUUUUGGGGGGGUUUUCUUUUUGGCUUUUUGGGUUUUUUGGUUGGUUUUUUUUUUUAUUGGGUGGUGGGAAAGAAGCAAUGAUGUUAAAACUGGGUUAGUAACUCAAGACCUUUCAAACUAAGUAUGUUUACAUGAAUCUGAGUGUUGGAUCCAAUGGAAAUGUCUGUAUGCUGUUUCCUAGUUAGAACAUCAAAUAAGAAUUUUAUUUUCCUGGCUGCCUUCUGAAUUUUGGUUGGCCUAUUUUGCACUGCUUUAUUUCUCCAAAAUAAACUACUGAAAUAUAAUUGUGCAUUUUAAACUUGUUUACAAAUGAUUGUUAGAAGUUUAUUUUUUAAUUCUCUGAAGGCUUGCAGAAAUACUAUAUUUAAAUAUUACUCCAGACCUUGGCAGUAACUAGAAAACAAGUUUAGGUCAUUGGUGUGAUCAGUGACAUAUUUCCCAUAGUCUGUAAUUUAUUUUUUAUUUAUCAAAUGUAUUGGUAUCACUUUGAUUUACCAGGUGCAGAUAUGCAGGUACCUGUUGUGAUGUGGCAUUACAAUAGAGUUUUCACAUAAAUUACCAUGCAAUUGCUGUACUACUAUAUUUCCUUGCAGAAAUUAUUAUUGUGGCUCAUAUACUAGAAUGUUGCUAAAUCACAGGGGCAAAUCAGGAGACCAACUUUUAAAAGCCAAAAUUGUAAGUUACCAAGCAUCCAGACAUACAAUUACAUUAUUGCAAAACAUUCGAGCAUGUGUAUGUUAUUAAGCCUGUGCUAAAGUGCUUUUCUGAGUUGCCGCCUCGUUUGAUAAGUUCAGAAUAGCUUUGAUUUAAGAUAAGCUUCACAGUAAUUUAGUUAAUAUUCUGUAGUCUUGUCUUCUUUUGUAAAAGUAGAGGAGUCUAGUAAUAUUAGACCAUACCAGAAUGCCCUUGCUCUUAAAAUUGCAGACAAUCUAAGGGAGAUUUUCCAUAAUGUCUGUUUGAAUUUUGUUAUUGUGUGUUAGGAAAGGUUCUGCCGUGUUUUCAGGGGCAUAGCUAUUAUUGCCGUGUUGAUGGGAGCAAUUAUGUUAAAAUUACAUGGUCACCAGUUAGCUUCUUAGGGAUCUGUUUCUGUUCUGCUUCACUGUUAGAAAUCCACAAGAACACCAUCACCCUGCCUGAAAUUUCUCCAGGUUUUGUGUCAGCGUGAUGGAGGAGACGGGACGCUGGUUUCCACUGUAAUUAUGUGAUCGGCUUCGGCAGGUGAAGAUUUUUCCCUGUUGAGGAGAAUGUGAGUGGUAUUAUCACUGCCUGCCAUGUAAAGCCAUCGCCGUCAUCCUCCCCCCUGGCUGACUUUGCCGUGUUACGCUUGGGUUUGCAAUGACUGUACCAGAACAUCCUGAUCCGUACGUGAAAACCAACUGCAGAAACGCAGCCCGGCUGGGAGCAUCCGUGCUGGCACCUGUGGUUUGUGUAACACAGAACUACCGCUGGGCCCACGCUCUUCUGCCUUUGGUUACCCACGUGUCUGGCUGGUCAGCCUUUGUGCUGUAGAAGCCAGUUGACCAGGCUGGUUGGUAGAAAGGAUGCACUAUUUUGAUUAAUGCUAUUCAGACUGUUGGAAUGGUAAAGCUGUUUGAAGAUCUCCAUCCUCACCAUGGGAAUGUUUGUGCAGAGGAGGUCUGCAGCAGGUUGCUCAGAUGGAGAACCACCAGUUUAAUUUGUUUUUUAUAGAUGAGUACAAAUUAGGAACCCAACCGUGGGGCUUCACGAGGUAACAUGGGUUGCUCAAGAUAAAGCCUCAGGUUCUCCAGAUAAACUGCGGGCUGUAUCCAGCCAGGGAACAAUCAGGUGGAGUAGUGGAUAGAUAACAGAGGCAGGAUACAGUCCAAAGGCAACAGAAUAAAUGGGGCCAGAGGUGUUUGAAUUGGCUGGCAAAAAGGAGAGAAACAAAGGAAAAAUGCUUCUGUUGUUUUCAUCCAAAAAAAAAAUCAUCCAGGCUCAUCAGUUUUUAGACUAACACUGGUUUCCCAAAGUCUUUGCGUGGCAGCAGUGAGUGACAAGUGAGUCAGGCUUUUUCACACUAGCUUGCAGCCUUGCCUUCCACAGCUGUGUGGAAAAUCUUGGAUUUUGGUUUUAUAGUGAAUAGAGUCUAUUUUGAGUUUGUAGCAGUCUCCCCAUGCGCACACUUGCAGGAGUUCACUUGCAUUACCCUGCUAAUUUCCUUUUCCUCUCUCCUUUUUAGUAAGAGAUGUAUUGAUUUCUGUAUUCAGUAUAAAAUUACUUUAUGGUGUUGCAACUGUGUGUUUUGUAAGUAGGAGUAUGUGAAAAUGCUUUGUGUAGAUUAAAAUAUUUCCUUUAAUAUAAUCUCCUCUCACUUUCAUAGAUAAACAGACACACGUUGCAGAUCACAUUGUUGAUUUUAUUUGUACUAUUGCUUUAAUAUCUAUUUCAGAGGAAUGUAACCUCCAGAAAAGUACUUUCCACAUCUUCACUACCUUUCCUUUCCCUGUUCCCUUGGUGUGGAUCCAGGCCAUCAACUCUUGAUCUUUUGACCAGAUGGGUUUCAGAUCCUCCUUGGAUUGUCAUGUUUACAUGACCACAGAAAUUAUUAAAGACUGUUGAAGUUUGAGAGGAUCCAGGUAUAAAUGGAGAUGUUAGAGUGAUUCGUCAGCAACACAAGCACAAUAGCACCUUUAGCAAGCACAAGGAAUCGUUCUCGCUGGGUGCGUGUAGGUGGCUGUUGGGAUCUGGUCCACCCCUGCUCCUGGGGUGGUUUUCUGUGGAAGAAAAAAAUCCAGUGUAAGAAGACAUCCUGUAUCUGUGAUGCGGAAGGAGAGUGUGGAGAGAUAGGGCUCUGGAGUAAAACCCUGGCCAGUGGACAUCAUGCUACCAGUGGGUCAGGAUUCCGCUCCGCCUUUUUUAACAGCAGCCUGGGGAGAUAUUUUCUCUUUCUCUCCACCUUUCUCACCCUGAAUCCACUGGGGAUGAUGCUGGCAGAUGCCUGUGGGCCGCAGGAGCUCAUUAGCAGGUGACCUUCCCCAGCGUGCCAUGAGAACUGCCAGUGCAUAGGGAAGUUUUUGUUGAUGGCCUGGAAAUCUCUUGAAACUCCAGAAAUAGCUGAAAGAGUGAAUGGAUUUAGUGCAAAUCAGGUCUUCCUCUUCUAUCCUUUUUAAGAAAAUCCACAUUUUAUUUCCUCCUUCGUUCUUUACACAGUAGUUUUUAGAUAUAAAUUAUUUUAACAUUUUUUGUGUGCAAAGUCAUAUAUACAUAUAUGAAGUUAUUAAAAGGUUGAGUAUAUGUUGAGUAUAAAAUAGUGACUUCUUUGUUUCAGAUGUUAGCAGCCCCUAAAAAUGAGUUGUUUAUCCUCUUGUAAAGUCAGUGCUGUAAAAAAAAAAUAUUAAAAAUAAAAGAUGUAUUAGAUGUAUCUUUUAUUAUUUAUUUCUGAUUCAGUAUUCGAUACAGCUUGUGUAUACCCUUGUGAGAACCACGUACUAAAAUCCAGUUGUUCUUAAAAUGGAGUAACAACAAUUCCUUGGGAUCCCAACAAUUUUGAGAAAAUUGUUCCCCCGGGUGUGAAUAGUGUUGGAUAUCACCGUUUGCUCUCCCGCGUCGCUCCCCACCUAAGCAUGGCUGAAUCUUGGGGACCAUUUUGCGUAUGUGCUAAGUUUUACUAGUUCAUCGAUAACUAUGUUCAAAUCCAGCUGUACAGUGUUAACGAGUGUGUCGUGUGAUUCACUUCAGCCUGGUUCACUGAUUUCUGAAACGUAACUCCCAUUUUGUACUUAAAUUUGUAUAGAAUGAUAUAAACCCUUAAAAGAUCAUGGCUUACUGUAAAAACCAAAAAUACUUGCUCUUUGGCAUCUUCAAUUGCAUGACUGAUCAGAUCUGACAAUGAAGAUGGUGCUUUCAUCUAACAGCUUUGAUUUCAAUGGUAAUAUAUUCAUUUUGUUUUCAUUUGCCAAGCACCUGUUUUGGACAAUGUUUUGGUUUCAACAGUAAAGCAAUAUGCAGUACGUAUUGUGGCAUUAUCUCUGUAAUUGUUUUAAGACAGAAUUGUCCCUUUCCAACACGUAAUGAAAAUAAAUGCCUUAUAACAAGC